AUGGUUGAAAAAAACAGUGCGGCUGAUCGUCCUCUACGAAUUGGCACUCGUCGAUCAAAUCUAGCCGUCGUCCAGGCUGAGGGCAUCCGCGCCAGUUUGCAAAAGAUAGCGCCCGAACGGACAUUUGAAAUUGAAACCCUCCACACGCUGGGCGAUAAAGACAAGUCCACGGCACUCUACGAAUUCGGAGCAAAGUCCCUAUGGACAAGCGAAUUGGAAGAGAAACUCAAUUCUGGCGAGAUAGAUGUUGUCGUCCAUUGUUUGAAAGGUAGGCUACUUUUCCCCCCGCUUGAAAGCAAGUCUAAUUACAGACCAGAUAUGCCAACUACACUCCCUGAAUCGUGCGACCUCGCACCAAUUCCACUUCGCGACGAUCCUCGCGAUGCAUUGAUCGUCAAAACUGGUCUGCCUUAUACGAGCUUGCAGACUCUACCCGAAGGCGCAGUCGUCGGUACUUCAUCAGUGCGACGCUCGGCGCAGCUUCGUCGCCUGUAUCCCCAUCUGCGCUUUGCAAAUUUGCGCGGAAACGUCGAGACCCGUUUGGCGAAGGUUGAUAAUCCCGAAAGCGAGUAUACAUGUAUGGUGAUGUCUGCAGCUGGUCUUGAGCGCAUUGGACUCAAGGAUCGUAUCAACCAGUACAUGGGUUCCAAGGACGGAGGAAUUCUACAUGCGGUUGGUCAAGGAGCGCUUGGGCUGGAGAUUCGCAAGGGCGAUAGCGAGACUUUGGCGUUGGUUAGCAAUUUGGCGGAUCAAUGGUCGACUCUUGCUUGUCUUGCGGAGCGGGCUCUUAUGCGUACUCUUGAAGGAGGUUGUAGUGUUCCGAUUGGUAUUGAGACGGAAUGGGUUGAUCGGGCACAGUAUCUUUUGAGGAUUUCGGCAAUUGUUGUUAGUCUUGACGGGUCUCAGAGUGUACAGGAUUCUAUUGAUGUUACUGUACAGACCAACGAGGAGGCUACUGCGCUUGGACAGACAUUGGCUGCGAGGCUUGUAAAAGGAGGUGCUGGUGACAUUCUGAAUUCUAUCAAUAUCAACCGACCUGCUAAGGAGUGA